AUGCUGACAGGUCAAUUCUUGUUUAGCAAAACUGUAUUAGGGUUUGCUUCUUCUUCGAAUUUAUCUUAUUUUCUUAUGAGAUCAAAUUUGUUAAGAAAGUUUGACGUCACAUCAUUUUCUUUAUUAAGCGUACCAUUUUUACGCCUCAUAAGUAACAAAAGCAUAUUAUGGGAUGAAAAGAAACGUUAA